AUGGCAUCCAUAGCAUCGUUACUAAACCCGGAGCCCGAGCCUUUCGAUCGCUUCCAGCAGCUUCCGACUCCCUGCUCCAACCUGUCAACCGACUUCGAACCUCAACCUCAAAGACAGAAAAAGCAAAAAAUAUCGAAAGACGCGGCUGUGUUCACGAGGGGAGAGAUCAAAGGAGAGCUUAGAUAUCCCCCAUGCGAAUUCCAAGAUGAAAAGCUUGCAGAAGCCCAUAAAAAACUUGAUAUCUACCCCAUGGGAUGUAUCACACAAUUUCCCCGGCAUAUACCUUACAAUAGUGAGAAAAAGUCCUUUUUAGAAAGGACCGGCCGAGAAAGUUUUGAAGGUGAGAUGCCGAUCUUUUCUGUACGAGAGAACAUUGGUUUGAAUGAAAUGUAUGGAGCAGUUUUCCAGUAUACGUUCCAGAUGCCCGGUGAGGAUACGAGGCACACGGUUAUGUGGGAUUAUAAUAUAGGCCUUGUCCGAACCACGUCAUUUUUCAAAUGCAAUAAUUAUUCUAAGGCAGGUACUGCACCAGGGAAGAUGCUAGAUGCAAAUCCAGGGCUUCGAGAUAUCUGCCAUAGCAUCACAGGAGGAGCACUGGCAGCACAAGGGUAUUGGAUGCCCUUUGAAGCAGCAAAGGCUGUAGCAGCUACUUUUUGCUGGAAAAUUCGAUAUGCUUUGACACCUCUAUUUGGAGUCCAAUUUCUCGACAUUUGCAUUCCGCCAAACGAUGCCAGAUUUGGCAAGAUGGUAAUAGACCCAGAAAUUGUACAAACCGCUACUAUCACCGCAGAGAACUUUCGAUCUUUAGAAUUAGAACGGCAUUCGUUGCCGUGUGAACUCCCGAAUUCCGUGAAGAAUGAAAGCCUGCGCCGAUUCAAGAAUUUGAGACCCCGGUCUAACAAAGAAAGUGCUGAGAGUAAUAACCUAGAAGAAAAUAGUGAUGGAGAAUACAAUGGAUCUAACCUUUCUCACCCCACGAGCGGCUGGACGUCGGCAAAUGCCCCAAGUAUAGUCCAGCGAUCUUCGCUAGACAUUCCAUCGCCCAAAGACAUCCUCGUCUCACUCGCAGGUAUCCACGAAACAGUGACUAGAGCAUCUCCCGAAGAUAACUCCACCCCGCAAACCUGCGGCGCAUCCGAGUACGGAGAUGAAUCCUUCAUCGACACAGACUCUGUGACAAGCUCGUCUGAGAGUGAUGCAGAGACAGACAAUCCGACAGAAGGGAAGUACUCACCUCUUCCACUGAGAAAUGACAUAAGGGCUGCCUAUAUGCUACUUAAAAUGCAAAUGGAUGAAGAUUCAAGCAUCGCAAAUGAAUCCCAACGAAAGCGGCGCCGAGCAUCAGCCUGA